AUGGCGUUGUUCUGGUGUAUAAUAGCCGGUCUCCUGGCGGCGGUGCAGGCGCAGUCGAACUAUGGAUCGCAGGCCAACAACGUUGAAUACCAGGGAGAUGGUCUGCCCGAACAGACUGUACUUGAUGGCAAGGUGACGAAACUGGAUGAUCUCAGUCCAGUUAUAUUCCUAAAUCGAACGAGGGCGGCGUUAAACUGUGCAGCUGGUUCUAUGCAGAUUGAACUGAAGUUUAAUGAGAAAUUCUACGGAAUUGCAUACGCAGAUUUCGACAGAAACUCCGCUUGCCAGGUUGCUGGUAAAGGUGCUACUUCCUACAAACUUGACCUUCCAUUAAAAGGAUGUGGGACUAAACAGGAUCCAUUGCGUGUUUUCACGAACAACAUAGUGGUUCGCUUCCAUCCAGGCUUGGAAAUGGACGGCGAUGAAGUUAUAACAAUCGUAUGCAGAUAUCCGCCACCCAUCGUGCCUGUUGCUAAGCCUUUUAUUGCAACGCCAGAAGCAGCAGGUCCAUUACCAGCCAAGGCACCGUUAGCAGGCACUCAUAUACUUAUGAUCAUCUGCGCUAUUCUCUUCUUGACACUUCUUUUACUGGGUCUCGGCGUCUCCUACUUAUGUCUGCGUAGGAGAGCUCUCCCCGUGCCAAGAAGACUUAUUGAUGACUCUUCAGCUUCCAUCAUUAGUAGAGAGAGUAUUCAAGAAGUAAAGAUACCCCGAGCUCACCCAGUUUACCCGGUGGCUGCCGAAAGCGCCAGUGUAGCAUCAGAUACCAUUCCUUCAGACUAUCCAUCGGAGACUCCAAGUGAAGCUGAGCAUGCGCACGUAAACCCAAGCUUCUUGGUUGACGAGUACCAAAGUGAAGGCUACAAUGAGUCGCAAGAGACGACACACACACACUCUCGUAUCGCUGGCGCGCCACCCGCCUUUGACGUUCGCGUGAGAGUUCAACGACCUCCAGCUCCACCAUCGCCACAAUCUACCAUCACUACUACAGAAGUGGAUGGCGGAAGUAUGAGGCAAACGUUAAUAGAGGAGCAUGAGCGUCAAGAAUCAGUUCGUACGAUGUCACCUGGUGCAUUGCCGUUACCAGCGCGAGCUGCGCAUGUGCAGCCUCCCGAACGACCUCCCAGACCACCUGUACUGUACACUGAGGUUCAGAGAGAUCGACAGGAGUGGGCUCGCCGACCGCGGUCCAUAAUUUCACUCAACACAGAGAUGACUGACACUCACUCUGUCACCGAAGUCACUGAUGGUUCGCAUGCCAGGAUGUUCCAUAUUAAGAAACCACCUCCACCGCCUCCAAUGGUCCGGGAGCGUCUGGAGACGGAAGAACAAGAAAUGCUGAUGGAGAGCCUCGAACCUAUGCCUGAAACUCCCAUCAUGGCUCCAAGAAAACCCGAGAUAACAUCUCAUGUAGUUGACGAUGUCUUCCUACGAACGAUAACCGAAAAGAAGACGAUAGAAGAUAUAGAGCGUCAUAAACGGUUGGUGACAGAGUACAAACAAGUCCCACCACUACCACCGCAGUUCGAUGUCACCAUUCGAAACCACACAUUGCCUGAAGCACAGUGGGAGAACUUCUCAGACAUCAGCUCAGCAUCAGGAAUGACACUCACACCGAAAAUGGAAAGAGUGCCAAUGUCUUUGCCGCCGCAGAAAUUUAUUGGUAAAGGCGGCCCUGAUCUUUUCUCUCCCGAACUUAUAAAGCAAACAGCAACCAACUACCACCAGUCCCCUGACCUUCCACUGCUACCAGAGUUGCCACCGGCUCGCAACCCCCUCUUCCGCGAAGAGGAUGAUGACGACGUACCGGAACCAACUCCAGCACCUCCUGUUCCACCGAACUGGAGUGUUCUAACACGUGUCUUGAAGACGGAAGCACAGGAUGAGGUCCUGUCAGAAACAGAGCGUUCCUACCGCUUAACACGUGAGGAACGUCUUCGUUGGCGCGAGCUGAUUACUCACGAGAGUACUCUUAGGAGGGAACUGGCUCGCUCCUCUACUCGUGAGGACUUCUCACGACUUGCGCAUGACCAUCGAUUCGCGCCAUUAUAUGCACCUCCUAAAUGGGAGGUUAUAAUUCGAAUUUUGGCGCCACCUGAAAGACCACCCAAGAACCGCUACCGCAAGAAGUCAGAAUGGGACUCCCGGUCCCGUCGUAGUUCACUACCAACGUUGUAUGAGUAUGAUAGCGAUGCAACUUCACUCCGAGAGCCUCGUUCCCGACGAUCCUCCUACCGCAGUGAUCAUGUUGAUAUGAGGUCAAUGUCAGAGAUGAUGGUUGACUACGCGAGAGAACAAGCCGACACUCAUUCAGAAGUAUCUGGUACACUCCAUGGGCAAUACUACGAUGACGAUAGUGAUUCUGAACAUCCUAGAUACCAUCAGCACCCGUCCUGGCGCAACUCCCUCCAUCGUUCCGUUAGCCAGCCUUCACUUGCACGAUCAGACACUGAGGUGACAGAACAAUGGACUGUGCCAGAGGGAGACGUAACUCCAACACCAGGACGGAGAAUUCGAGGGCCACAGGGACUUACAACAUUCACAUCGUCAGAAGUAAGAACAUUCCAAGCGACCAGGGAGUGGAGAGAAUAA